AUGGCUCAGGAAGCCUCGGGGGCCAGCGAAAACCAUACGAACAGCAAUGGGCAGGGCAGCCUCUUCUUCGGCGACCCGGACGACGACGACGAAGACGAUCCGCACUACAGCCCCCUUGCAAACAGGAACCCUCAGCCAAUCACGGAUGCGGACCUCAUCCGCAACCUCGUCAACACCGUCCACCGCCUCUGGGACGAGGUGGCGGACCUGCGCCGUCGCACCGACGGCCACCACUUCACCCUCAUCGCCCACGAGCAGCACAUCGGCAUGCCUCGCCAGGCAGCUCCUCAAUUUCUGGGCCUGGGCGACUUCGUGCCAAUCUCCGCGGCCGAAGCGGGGGAGUUUUGCGAGCGCUUCAACACCGACAAGGCCUGCCGCGCUUGCGUCCGAGAGCACAAGUGCACCUUCUGCGGGGCGCGCCACAGGCGGACGCGCUGCCCCUUCGAACCCCGUGGACGUUGA